AUGUGCCCCGGAUCCAGUCCCUAUGGCUAUGGUGGCAUGGGCGCCCCAACCAAACAGGAGCCAUGGCUUUACGUGGCAGCAGCUUUUAGCAAAAAGAUUGGUUUGUUUCAGAUAAAGAAUGGUAAUGGUGGCAUGGCUCUGACGCUCAUGGAGAGCCUGCUGGUGAGGCGCAACGUGUUCGAGGCCAACAUAAGGGCACUGGGAAGCCUCCUCUCUGCUCACAUGCUUAUCCUGCAAAGCCAGGAUCCCACGCUGCCACCUGUCCAUCCCUCAUUGGCUGGCGUGCACCUGGCACCUGGGUACAAGGGCCGCCUGCUGGAGCUGGCUAUUGAUCUGGGCUUCAGGCUGCUACCCGCUUUUUCUUCAGGAAAGCCCAUACCCUACGCAUGGGUGAAAAUGCGGAGGAGAGUGCUUCCAGACGGCAUCACCCACACGUUGACUGCCCCUCCCCUUCCUCUGCCACCCACCCCCCUUGACUCCCCUCGCUUUCCCAGGCUGCUCCCCGCCUUUUCAUCAGGCACGCCCAUCCCCUGCACGCCCAUCCCCUAUGCAUGGGUGAACCUGCGGAGGGGAGUUCUGCCAGACGACGUCACACACACCUGCACUGCCCUCCAUUUUUCUCUUCCCCCCUUCCCCGCCAUCCUUCCCAGGCUGCUCCCCGCCUUCUCAUCAGGCACGCCCAUCCCCUACGCAUGGGUGAAUCCCCGGAGGGGAGUUCUUCCAGACAACGUCACACACACGUGCACUGCCCUUCCCUUUCCUCUCGUCCCACCCUCUAUCAACCAAGCUGCUUCCAGCCUUCUCUUCAGGCACACCCAUCCCCUAUGCAUGGGUGAAUCUCCGGAGGGGAGUUCUUCCAGACGACGUCACCCACACGUGCACUGCUGGCGCCGGCACCCUGCUGCUGGAGUUCAGCGCAUUGUCCAAUCUUUCUGGCAUCCCCAUCUUCCAGGGUCACACACCCAUGUGUUGGGCGAUCUCUCCUUGUUGCGUUGCGGGCACUGCUGGCGCCGGCCCAAGCCAGACGACGUGACCCACACAUGCAAUGCUGGAGCCGGCACUCUGCUGCUGGAGUUCAGUGUGCUCUCGAACCUCUCAGGCAUCCCCAUCUUCCAGGACACCACAAGGAGUGGAAUGGGAUUGAGUGACGCGUAUGAAAGGUCUGUCUGUCCCAUGCACCUGUCGACCGGUCUCCAAGACACGUGCACUGCUGGCGCCGGCACUCUGCUGCUGGAGUUCAGUGCACUCUCAAACCUCUCAGGCAUUCCCAUCUUCCAGGAGAAGGCAGAGGCAGCAGUGGUUGCUCUCUACAGGCGGAGGUCGCCCCUGAACCUCGUGGGCAACGGAAUCAGCAGCACAUCAGUGCCACGUCAGGUGCGUGCUCAGUGCCACAUCAGGUGCGUGCUCAGUGCCACAUCAGGUGCGUGCUCAGUGCCACAUCAGGUGCGUGCUCAGUGCCACAUCAGGUGCGUGCUCAGUGCCACAUCAGGUGCGUGCUCAGUGCCACAUCAGAUUCCCCUUACCCUCUCAUCUCGUGCUGCCUCUGUGGACCCAAUUCUUUUCGCUCUCCUUGCACUUGGUUUAAUGUGGCUGCAGCGGGAAUCCACAGCAGGUGCUGGCGUUGAUUCGUUCUUUGAGUACCUCCUCAAGGGCUAUCUGCUGCUGGGAAAGGGGAACCUUCGUCGAAUGUUCUCCAAGGUCUAUUCCGGUGCGAUGCGGUACAUGGCGGUGCGGGGGGAGUCCAUGGCUCGCUGGCUGCUAGACGUCAGCAUAGACAACGGGCAUCUGGGGCGGCACUAUGCCUCGUCCCUGCAGGCGUUCUGGCCCGCCAUGCAGGUUCUCGCCGGGCAGACCGCGGAUGCCCGAGUCAUCCACAGUGGCCUCUGGGCAGUGUGGAAAAGGUUUUCCUUCCUGCCCGAGCUAUUCAGCGUGACUGCUUCAGCUGUUCAUCCAGUGGAAAGGGGAUACCCAUUGCGGCCUGAGAUGGCCGAGAGUGCAUAUUUCCUCUUCAAGGCCACGGGCAAUCACACGUACCUGGAAAUCGGGAGGGACAUUGCUGCAGCCCUCAAUACAGUAACACGCACAGGUACCUCUACCUCCUCUUCUCCCUUCACAUUGACAUCGCCACCUUUUGAGGCGCCGGGCGCCUCACUAGCUAUUGCAGGAUCCGGUCUGAUUUUAUCUGAUAUCACUGCUUCUUCUCUCCCACCCACCAGGUACCUCUACCUCCUCUUCUCUCCUCACAUCGACAUCGCCGCCCGGUUCGUGUUCUCCACAGAAGGUCAUCUCCUGUCGCUGAACCUUCCCAGAAUAUUCCGUGUCGUCUGCCCAUCCGAAGACCACCCGGACACGUCGUCAGCUGGCGACUGCCGAGUGGUUGCUGCUACUGGUGACGUGGAUGCCGACAUGGACGUUGAUGUGGAUGCUGACGUGUUGCAAUCCGCCUCGCAGGCUGCGAGCGAGGCACAAAAACCCUCGGUUCAAUCACAACGACUACAGUCACACCCCCCCUUGCUCGAGAAGCAACAACCCUCGCUUGAGUCACACAAACCCUCGCCUGAAUCACGCAAGCCCUCGUUUGAGUCACGCGUAUGUGAGGACUCCAUUUCCCCCUUGGGCUCUCUAGUUGAACCGGACUUGGCUUUAAGGAGACUGCUUGUUUGUGAGGCAGUGGUGGGGGCAUUUGGACGAGAGGAGCAUGGAGGGAAGGGGUGGUAUGGUGCAUGGGAGGGCGAGGAUGAGGAGAGUGGGGAGGGGGAAGGAGGCGAGGAAGAAGAACGGGAGAAGGGUGAGGGGGAGGAAAGGAGGGGUGAGGUGGGGGACGGGAAGGAGGGAGAGGAUGGGGUUGGGAGAUUGAGAGAUGGAGCAGGGAAAGCAGGCGAAAAGGGAGAGGAGAAGAGUGGGAUGGAAAGUGGAGGGGUGGAGGGUGGAGAAUUGAAGAGUGGUGUGCGGGUGAGUGGAGUGGCUAGUAAUGUGGAAGGAGAGAAAGUGCCAGCUAUAAGUGAGAAAGGGAGCGUGGAGAGUUCAAGCGAGAAGGAAGCGGAGACAAGGGAGGAAGGUUUGAUGGAGAUGGAAGAAAGGGAGAAGAGGGAGAGGAGGGAAAGGAGAGAGCGGAGAAUGGGGAGGGACGAAAAAAGGCGGAGAUUAGAGAGGACCAGAGAAAGAGAGAGGCGGAAACGAGAAGCAGGGCAGGAUCGAGAGGGGAGACAGAGGGAUGAACAACGAGAAAGAGAUCUGAGACGGCUCAAAAUGCAAGCAGCAGGGCUGCGGCUGAUGCAGGGGAGGAGGGACGAGAGAUGGAGGAGCCCUCUAGAGGAGGAGGUGUCUCGACUUGCUUCCUUUAUCAGAUUCCAGGAGCGGCAGAGGGAGCAGCAACUAGCAGCAGCCGCCGCCGCCGCAGCAGCAGGGAGCGGAGGGAUUAGGGCGAGAGGGUGUUGGGAGGGGUCGUGUGCCGUUAAGAGGGGUGCUCUGUGGUUGGGAGGGGUGCUCUGCUACUGCAUGGUCGACCCAUGGCGCACGGCCUCUCCUGCUUCGCCUGGAACGCCCUCCCUGCCACCUUCCCUUACCUCUCCGGCUUUCAGACUCUCACAGUCAGCCUCUACAUCCGUGGGUGCUGUGGAGCACAAGGUCCCAGCAGCGCCCCCUUGUGUGGUGCGCCUGGUUAACUUCCUCCCACUCGAGAGUGAGAGUUCCUCUGGGCAUCAAACGAAUGUGAUUGUACGAGAGGAUGGGGAGGAGAGAGAGGGCGAGAGCGUUGAGCGGGAGGGAGAGAAGCGAAAGGAGAGAGGGAAAGGUGAGGGUGGGGAGGUCGAUGCGGGGGAGGGGGUGCUUGGGAGGGGAGAGGAGUGCAGAGGGGGACGAGGGGAGGGGAAGGAGGGAAGAGGGGAUGGGAGGAGGGAAAGAGGGGAGGCGAGGGAGGGAAGACGGAGGGGACAGGAGCUUGUGGAUACUGUGAGUUUCGACCUGCCUGCAGGGGCUGCUGAGUUUGGCCCUCUCCUUGGGAAUGCCAAGACAGAUACCACUGCAAAGAGGGCCACAGCAGGAAAUGCAGACGCCACAGCAGCACACGCAGCAGCAGGAAAUGCAGCAGCAGCCGCAGCGGCAACCAGCACCGAUGUCCCUUCUUCCACCACCGAUCCCCAUUCUCCUUCCAGCUCCAUUCUCGGAACCCUAGCAGAAGCUUCCCCUAUACAAGCAUGCGUGGAGUGCUUGUCAAAUCCUGGCGAGGUGAAAGGGCGGGUGGUGGUGGUGAUGCGUGGGGGGUGCUCCUUCCAACAGAAGGUGGUAGCAGCACAGAGAGCAGCCGCUGCUGCUGUGAUUGUUGUGAACCAUGUGAUGGGGGGAGCGCCGCUCAAUAUGGCCCCUGAUGUUCCCCAUUCUGAUGCUGUUGCAGCUGAUGGUGGGGUGUGGAAGGGUGGCGAGGGGACGGAUUCUGAUGCAGUCACACCUGAUUCUGAUGCAGUCACACCUGAUUCUGGAGAGUCGCAGGGUGGUGAGGAAACGGAUUCAGAAACAGUCAUGCCCGAUGGGCAGAUGAUGGCAGCAGGUGAUAGACCUUCUUCCCUCUCCGCCCUCCCUUUUGAACUUACGAAAUCCCCUUCCCUUUCCGCCAUUGCUUCUCCUUUCCCCACGACACCCCCCCCCCCCCCUCACACCCCCUUCCAACUUCCCCCUCCCCUCCCCUCCACCCGAACACCAGCCGUUCCGCGCGCCCUCGACCACCACUGCUGGCGCGCGCUGCUGCUUCCGCACGCCGCCCAUGGCGCUGCUGACGUGGCGCUGCUGUCUCCGCCGUUGGAUCUUCUACAAUCGCAUCUCGCAGAUGCACCAACUGCUGCUGCUGCUGCUGCUGCUGCUGCUGCUGCUGCUGCUGUUGCUGCUGCCAGAUACGGCAACAUAACGAGCGGGUCGGUAGGGGUGAUUGUGACAGGUAGAAUGUGCGACAGAAUGCCGGACCUGCUGGCUCGGAUGGGGCUUGGAAUGGAGGCGGAGGAGGUCUGGGAGCAGCAGGCUCGGCAGCAGGGGAAAGACUUGGUUGGGAACAUGCGUGUGUGCUCUGGUGAGGGGGUUAUCUCGUGCUUAAAUCUGCUUCAUGAGACGGAGCAGGAGACCAAAGAGGAUGGAGUGGAUAGCAGUAACAGCAGUGGCAGCAACGGUGGCAGUGGCAGCAGCAGCAGCAGUAGGAGGGGGAAGCGGCCAGUCGUGGCGCUCCUGUGGCUGGCAGGCAGCCACGUGGCAGAGCAUGAUUGGCAGGAGCUUCUGGCGGAGGUGAAUGAGAGCGGGUCCCUGCGGCUGCUGUGUGCUGAUGGCUCAUGCUCCGAUAUUCGCCUGGACUCGCUCUGCUGGUUGCUGCCACCUGGCUCUCUCUGGCUGCGUCAGCACCGCACUGAUGACGUGGCAUGGCUUGCAGGACUCAUGGCGCGCCACAUCCUCAUGCACACGAUGGGUGCAACUCUUCUCGCAUUUGUCAAGAAAGGUAUGCUGUCACUCACUCUUGUUCUCAUACUCGUUUUUCUCCCUCCUCGUUUAUCUCCCUCCUCGUUUUUCUCCCUCCUCGUUUAUCUCCCUCCUCGUUUAUCUCCCUCCUCGUUUUUCUCCCUCCUCGUUUAUCUCCCUCCUCGUUUUUCUCCCUCCUCGUUUUUCUCCCUCCUCGUUUUUCUCCCUCCUCGUUUAUCUCCCUCGUUUUUCUCCCUCCUCGUUUAUCUCCCUCCUCGUUUUUCUCCCUCCUCGUUUUUCUCCCUCCUCGUUUAUCUCCCUCCUCGUUUUUCUCCCUCCUCGUUUUUCUCCCUCCUCGUUUUUCUCCCUCCUCGUUUAUCUCCCUCGUUUUUCUCCCUCCUCGUUUAUCUCCCUCCUCGUUUUUCUCCCUCCUCGUUCAUCUCCCUCCUCGUUUAUCUCCCUCCUCGUUUAUCUCCCUCCUCGUUUAUCUCCCUCCUUGUUUAUCUCCCUCGUUUAUCUCCCUCCUCGUUUAUCUCCCUCCUCGUUUAUCUCCAUCCGCGUUUGACUCCAUCCGCGUUUUUCUUUUACUCGUUUCUCUCGCAAUCAGACCCCUCUUUCGUUGCCGUACCUUCCAUCUCCCCUCUUCAUGUCCCUCACUCCCUCACUCAUUCCCUCACUCCCUCACUCAUUCCCUCACUCUCACCCUUGGCCGCGUGCUCCGCUCUUGCUCUCCCCCCCUUUUUUUUUCAGGUCACCUUUCACAUGGACCGAGUCCUCCUCCACAUCAGCCAGUCACUGCCUGCCACGUCACAUGCUUCUGCCACAUCACACACUGCUGCCACAUCACACACUGCUGCCACGUCACACACUGCUGCCACGUCACAUACUGAUACGCCUGCCACGUCAGCUCCCGAAGCUGCAACCACCAGUGCCGCUGUCAAGAGUUUGCUGACUCGGCGGCUGCUCUCCCUCAUCCCAUUCUCAACCGCUUCCACAUCCUCGCUGUUUGCUUGCUCUGCGGCUGCUCUCCCUCAUCCCAUUCUCAACCGCUUCCACAUCCUCGCUGGAACUGACAUCAACACCGUCGUCACAUGCCCUUCCUCCAUCCCCUCCCUCCCCUCCCUCUCCUCCCUCCCCUCCCUCUCCUCCCUCCCCUCCCUCUCCUCCCCUUCCUCCCUCUCCUCCCCUUCCUCCCUCUCCUCCCUCCCCCCCCUCUCCUCCCUCUCCACCUCCUUCCCCUCCUGCAACUCCCUCGCCCCCCUUUCCUCCUCCAAUCAUUCCUCCUCCUCCCCUCCCUCCUUCCUCUGCCCCUUCUCCCCUCCCUCCACCCCAGCCCCUGUCACCACCACCGUCACCAACGCCAGAGCCCCAUACCACCACAUUGUCUUCACCAUUCAUUCACCAUCUCCUUCACAGGCAAGUCUUGACUUCCCCCCUCCCAUUCCCCCUCCCCUUCCACCUCCCGCGCCUCCCCCGACCCUCUACCCCUUACUGCCUCCAUUCGGGGAUCUCAACUCUCCCGCCUCCCCCCCUCCCUCCCCCCCAGCACCACCAUUCCCCCCACUUCCACCUCCCUCCCCUCCCACGCCUCCUUCCCCUCCGUCCCCUCCUUCCCCUCCUUCCCCUCCUUCCCCGCCCUCCCCCAUUAUCUCCUACCCUUCGUCUCCCCCUUUUGGAGAUUUAAACUCCCCCUUCUCCCCUCCCCCCUCCCCUCCCAGACCCCCCUCUCCCCCUUCUCCUCCCCCUGCCCCUCCUUCUCCUUUCCCUCCUUCCCCUCCCCCUUCCCCUCCCUUCCCCCCCCCAUCCCCUCCCUCCCCUUUUCUCCCCUCAUCUCCCCCUCUUGGUGACAUGAACUCCCCCACCUCCCCUCCCCCUUCCCCUCCCAGACCCCCCUCCCCCCCUGCUCCUCCCCCUGUCCCCCCCUCCCCUCCGCCCCCGCCUUCUCCCUCUCCUGUGCUCGCCCCUCCCCCUCAAACCGCGCCUCCUCUCCCCCUUUCCCCCACAACCGCUCUCCCCCCUUCCUCUCCGCCUUCCCCCUCGUCCUCAGCGCCCCCUCCCCAAGAGGCUCCUGCGCCCCCUUCCCCUCCCCCUUCUCCCCCUUCCCCCUCCCCCCCUCCCCCAUCCCCCCGUCCCCCUCCCAUUCCGCCUAGCCCACCCCCGGUCUCUCCCCCUUCCCCCGACUCUCCCCCGCCUCCCUUCCCCUCCCCCCCUGCGCACCCACACCCCCCACCUGCCAACUCUAAUGAUAUGAGUAAUGCCACAGAGCCUCCCCCUCCCUCACUCCCUCACUCCCCCCCUCCUCCUACUCUUCUCCCCCCUCCUCCUGCCCCUGCUCCCCCACCCUCCCCCUCCCUUCCACCUCACUCUCCCCCAUUUCCCCCCUCUCCCCCGUCCGUCUUCCCACCCUCACCUCCCCCCUCUCUUCCUUACACCCUCGGUCCUGUCCUCCCAGCUCCUGUUCUCUCCCCUCCACUCCCCCCUCCUCACCCCCCUCCCCACCCCCCUCCCCACCCCCCUCCGCACCCCCUGCCGCACCCCCCUCCUCCUUUCCCUCCUCCAGACUUCCCCCCUUCUCCCCCCAUUUCUCUCCUCCCUCCCACCCUUCCAAAACAGCCUCCUCCUCUCUCUCCUCCCUCCCCCCCUCCUCUCACACCCUCAUCACCCCUAGCACAACCACCUGCCAACUCUCCCGCAACAGAGCCCCCACCAGUCAAACCACCACCGCUACAACCUUCCUCUCUUCUUCUUCUGAACAUGACAUUUCUCACGUCACAUGUUCUGCAUACCACUUGCUUCUUUCCUCCUGUUCUCACUCCACUCUCCCGCCACUCCCCACCACUAUCUCCUUCCCCCCUUUCCCCCUUUUUCCCACCAGAUUGUCCCCCCUGCCCAGACACAUACGUCCUCCUCCCCUCCCCCACCCCCUCCUCCGCCUCCCCCGCCGCACCCCCUUCCGCCCCUCCGCCCUGCACCUGUGGCCUCCCCAUGGUGGUGGUUAUGAAGCUCUAUUGCGGCUUCGACUCCUUCCUCCUCAACCUCCCAGCCUUCGCUAUGCAGACGGCUACCUCGCUCACACUUGAGAAAGAGCAAGUGGAGGUAUGGGCAGUGAACUAUGACCCUGAUCCUGCUGCUCUGGAUGUCACUUCCUCCUCCUCCUCCCGCCCACCAGUUGCCGCGACUGCUCGGCAGCAGCCAAUCACGGAUCGGCUGAGUGCAGCAGAGGUGGAUCGCAUCCGACGGUUGUUGUUGAGCGGAUCGUUGAUGCUGGAUCAACAGCUGUUCGGGGCGUACGAAGUGAUAUUGGUGCUCAACCCAGGCCAACGCCCACCUCCCGCCUCUGCCUCUCCCGUCCCUCUCACCCCCUCCGCCUCCUCCUCUUCCUCCUCCCCGUCCUCCCCUUACCCCCCGUCAACUCCACCCCCUCCUGCCUCCGGGGGCAUGCCUUACUGGAAGGUCAUGCCUAUGAUCGUUCUCCCCUCCUUAAUCCUCGCGAUUAUCGUCAUUCAUGCCUCUUCCCUGCCCUCUUCUCCCUUUGCUCCCCCCUCUCUACUCCCUCUCUCCCCCCGCUCUCGUUGCCCCCCUGUGUUUCCCCCAGGUCAACGCCCGCCUCCACCCCCUCCUCUGCUCUCCCCCUCCACCUCUCCUGUCCCUCUACCCCCCUCCUCCGCCUCUUCCUCCUCCCCGUUCUCCCCCUCGCCUCCCUCCACUCCACCCCCUCCUGCAUCCGGGGGCAUGCCUUACUGGAAGGUGAUGCUCGUGAUUGUUCUCCCCGCCUUGAUCCUCGCGAUUAUUACUCUCUGUGUGGUGGUUUGGUGCGUGAGGAGGAGACCGUGGGAGAAAGCAGGGAAGGGGGCUGCAAAACUGGUGGGGAGUUGGAAGGGGAAGGCGGAAAAGGGGCGCGGAGGGAGGAGAGGAGGGAGGGGAGGAGGGAGGGAAGGAGGGAGAGGGGCAGGAGAAGGAGAGGGAGAUGGGGCGGGAGAAGGGUGGAUGGAGGGUGGGGCGGAGAGGAUAGGGUGGGAACGUGGGGGGAGGUCUGGGCAGCAGGAGGGGAGGGAGGAGCGGGAUGAGGGGAGAGCAAGAGGAAGAGGGGGCGUUGGGCGGGCAGGGAGAGGCGGAGAGAGGGAGGUGGGGGAGGAGAGAGAAGAGGUGCAGGAGUGGGGUGGGGGGGAAGGUGAUGACGAUCAUUACACGCCGCUUGCAUCGGGGGCAGAGAGGCAGUGGGCAGGUGGAGGGGUGGUAGCAGGAGGAGCAGCAGGAGCAGCAGGAGCAGGAGCAGGGUUUGCGAUUGGGGCGAGAUUAGCAGCAGUAGGAGCAUUUGCAGAAAGAGGAGCAGGAGAAGGAGGGGCAGGAGAAGGCGGGUUAGGAGGAGCAGGAGGAGCAGGUGGAGCAGGUGGAGGAGGAGGAGGAGUAGCAGCAAGCAGGGGUAAAGGAGCCCUAAGAGAAGGGUCCUCUAGAGGAGCUUCUAUGCAAACCCUAGCCCCUUUUGCUGAAGCCACCUUCUCAUUCUCCCUCACAGAAAUCCACACAGCCACCGGUGGUUUCCACCCUAGCAACCUGAUUGGCCGAGGCGGAUCCAGCCAGGUGUUCCGAGGGUGUCUGCCGGGCGGCAAACUGGUCGCCGUGAAAAGAUUUGAUUCGCUGCCCGGGGCGGAGAGGGAUUUUAUUACGGAGGCCCGGCUGCUGAGCCGGCUGAACCACAAGAACGUCGUGAAGCUUCUGGGAACCUGCGACGAGGGCGGCGUGCGUUGUCUUGUCUUCCAGCUAGCCGAAAAAGGAAGCUUGAGGGAGCACCUCCACUCCUCCACCCUCCCCACCUCCAGCCUCCACCCCCCCACCCUCCCCUCCUCCCACUCCGCCCUCUCCCCUGCUCCCGCCGUUCUAGACUGGACUACAAGGCUGAAAAUAGCACUGGGGGCGGCCCAGGGGUUAGCUUACCUGCAUGAGGAUUCUAGCCCGCAGAUUAUCCACCGGGAUUUAAAGACGUCGAAUAUCCUGCUGGAUUCUGAUUGGACGGCUAGGAUUGCGGAUCUGGGGCUGGCGAGAGUGGUGAGGGAGAAGGUGGGGGGUGGCGGGAGGGGUGUGGGGGGGAGGGGAGGUGGGGAGGCGGAGGUGGGAGAGGAGGGAGAGAAGGGGGAGGAGGGGGAGGAAGGAGCAGAGGCAAGAGAGGCGAAGCAAGGGGAGGAGAAUCAAGUAGGGGACAAUGAAGAUGGGGGAAAUCAAAGGAUCAUAAUAGGAGCGGAAGAAGGAGCAAGAGGCAGAGGGGAAGGAGAGAAAGUUGGGCUGGAAUCCCAGCACAUGAGGGGCACGUUUGGGUACAUGGCGCCUGAAUACACGCUGACAGGCCGAGUGGCGACCAAGAGUGAUGUGUUCAGCUUCGGUGUCGUGCUGCUGGAAGUGCUCUCAGGCCGCCCUGCCCUUGUGCCUCUGGAGCAGACUCAACAGAUUCUUGAAGCACCUCAAGCAUCGUCGGCCCGCCCUGCCCUUGUGUCUCUAGAGUCAACUCAAACGGCUGGCGAUGCAGCAGCAGCAGCUGUGGAGGAAAGUGCAGCGGUUGUGAACGGUGCAGAUGGUGCUGUAAAAGCUGUGGCAACAGCUGGCGAGGAGGAGAGUGCAGCAAAUACCUCAGUUCUAGAAGGUGCCUGUGCAGCAGCAGCAGCUGGGGGAAACGGAGGGCCAAGGCCGGGUGUAUUGAGCAUCGUGGUGUGGGCCACGCCUCUCCUAUCCUCCAAACAAGGCCUGCGUCAGUUCGCCGACCCGCGUCUGGGCGGCAGCUAUCCACUGGAGGCCAUGGCGCGGGCGGCAGCCAUAGCCAUGAGGUGCACAGAGAGUGAGCCUUCCUCAAGACCAGCCAUGGGGGACGUGGUGCAAGCCCUCCGUGCCAUCGCCUUCGAACACUCUCCCAUGACCAGGUGCGUGCGAUGCUCGCCCAUCACCUCAGCGCGGGCGGCAGCCAUAGCCAUGCGAUGCACAGAGAGUGAGCCCUCAGCGCGCCCAGCCAUGGGAGCCGUGGUGCAGGCGCUACGUGCCAUCGCCUUCGAGCACUCCCCCAUGACCAGCUAUGCACUGGAGGCCAUGGCCAUAGCCAUUCGGUGCAAGGAGAGUGAGCCGUCAGCACGACCAUCAAUGGGAGACGUGGUCCAAGCCCUCCGUGCCAUCGCGUUCGAGCACUCCCCCAUGACCAGCAUGCUUCUUGCCCCUGUGCCUUAUUCCCAUUUCUCAUUUCUCAUUUCCCAUUUCUCCUCUUGUGCUCCCAUGUUCAACCCGACUCACAUGCCUCCUCUCCUGUCUCUUCAUCUCCUUCUCUUUCCCACCUUUCCUCCUCUCCUCUCGUCUCCCCCUCUCCUCUCGUCUCCCCCUCUCCUCUCGUCUCCCCCUCUCCAGCACACUUCUUGCCACCUCGCCUUAUUCCAUCUCAUCCUCCUCUUCGUCCUCUCAUGCUCUCUAUACCAUACCGACUCACAUGCCUCCUCUCCUUCUCUCCCCUUUGUUCCCCUCCUCUCCCCUCCUCUCCCCUCCUCUUCCCCUCUCUUCUCCACCUCACCAGGACGCUUCUUGCUCCUCCCCUCUCCUUCCCAUCACCUCUCCCCACCACUCUCUCCUCCCCUACCCUCUCCCCCAAUCCUAUUUCGCCCCUCCCCAAACCGCCCCUUCCCCUUCCCCUAUCCCCCCCCUAAUGCUGCCCCCCAGUCAUUCUCAUUCCGCCUCUCCCCACCCCUCCGUACCCCCUUUAACCUCACCGCAACACCUCUCAACUGCUCACCAGCUCCUCACUUCCCAACAGCCCAUCACCGCUCUCCACCUCUCCACACCACUGCACCAACUCCCCCACCACUCCACACCCCAACCCAUCCCAUCCGAAGCCUCCGCAUCAAGUUCGGAUCUGCCGAACCUGGCAACCCGAACUCUGCCCCAUCUGCCCACGCGCCUACCUCCUUUGCACGGAAUCCUGCCCUGGUGGUCAUUGGCAGCUCAUACGGGCAAGUACCUCGGUCUUCUCACACUCCAGCCAGUUCAUUUGAGCCACGUCAGAACCCGUUUGGGUUGGUGCCACAAAGGCUGUUUGCUCCUUCCCAGCAAGUAAGAGCAGGAGCAGGAGCAGUGGCAGAGGCACCAGCAUUGUUGGAUGGGCGAGAGGAUGCCGCCCCCCCUGCCGGCCCCCUUGCUGCCUCCCCCUAUGUCUCCCCGUCCGCCUCCCCUCCUGUCUCCCCCGAUGCCUCCCCCUAUGCCACCCCCUCUGCCGCACCUUCCUCCCCCUCUGCUGCUCCGUCCUCCCCCUUGCAUUUGGGUGAUCUCUCCCCCCAGUCACGAGGCGGCAUUCCUAGGCUCCUCAGGAUGAGCAUUCGAGGGCUUGACUAUAGUGGUGACAUGGCUCUUGAUGCCUCCUCUGCAUCUCUCCCAUACAGCCAGCCUCCCUCACAGGCAAGUGCACUUCUCUAUCACACCCUCUCCCUCUUCCCCUCCUCCCCUCUUCCUCUCAAUCCUUCUUCCCUGCUCCCCCCUGCCCUCCUCUCAUGA